AUGGCUGCCCCUCCGAGAGUCAUCGUUGUCGGUGGUGGAUUGUCCGGUCUCAGUGCCGCUCACACCGUCUACCUGAAUGGUGGAAAUGUUCUCGUCCUCGAUAAGCAAGCGUUCUUCGGUGGCAACUCCACCAAGGCUACCUCCGGUAUCAACGGCGCCCUCACGCGCACCCAGGUCGACCUGAAGAUCCAAGACAGCGUCAAGCAGUUCUACGAUGAUACCCUCAAGUCGGCCCGAGACAAGGCUCGUCCCGAGCUGAUCAAGGUUCUCACCUACAAGUCCGCCGCCGCCGUUGAGUGGCUGCAGGACGUCUUCAACCUCGACCUGACCCUCGUCUCCCGUCUCGGUGGCCACUCCCAGCCCCGGACGCACCGUGGCCACGAUGCCAAGUUCCCCGGUAUGGCCAUCACCUAUGCGCUCAUGCAGCGGUUAGAGGAGCUGGCCGACGCGGACCCCACCCGCGUCCAGAUCGUCAAGAAGGCCCGUGUCACCUCCAUCAACAAGAGCGGCAACAAUGUCACCGGCGUCACCUACGAGCACGACGGCCAGUCCGCCUCGGCGGAUGGUGUCGUUGUCCUUGCCACGGGUGGCUACGCUGCCGACUUUGGCGAUGGGUCGCUCCUGAAGACCCACCGCCCCGAUACCUUCGGUCUGUCCAGCACCAACGGCGCCCACGCCACCGGUGAUGGCCAGAAGAUGCUGAUGGAGAUCGGUGCCAACGGCAUCGACAUGGACAAGGUCCAGGUCCACCCCACGGGUCUCGUCGACCCCAAGGACCCCAACGCCAAGUUCAAGUUCCUGGCCGCCGAGGCCCUCCGUGGCGAGGGUGGUCUGCUGCUCAACUCCGACGGCGACCGGUUCUCCGACGAGCUGGGUCACCGUGACUACGUCUCGGGUCAGAUGUGGAAGGAGAAGGAGAAGGGCAAGUGGCCCAUCCGCCUGAUCCUCAACAGCAAGGCCUCCAACGUCCUGGACUUCCACACCCGUCACUACGCCGGCCGUGGUCUGAUGCGGAAGAUGACCGGCAAGGAGCUUGCCAAGGACAUUGGCUGCGGCGAGGCCGCCCUCAAGAAGACCUUCGACGAAUACAACCAGAUCGCCGACGGCAAGAAGAAGGACCCCUGGAACAAGCGUUUCUUCCACAAUCUGCCCUUCAGCAUCGACGACGACUUCUACGUCGCCCUCAUGGAGCCCGUGCUGCACUUCACCAUGGGUGGUAUCGAGAUCAACGAGCACGCCCAGGUCCUCAACGCCGAGCAGAAGCCCUUCGACGGUCUGUACGCCUGCGGUGAGCUGGCGGGCGGUGUCCACGGCGCCAACCGUCUGGGCGGUUCCUCCCUGCUGGGCUGCGUCGUCUACGGCCGUGUCGCCGGUGACAGCGCCAGCCAGCACCUCUUCCAGAACCUCAUCAGCGGCGGCUCCUCGGCCGCGUCGCAGCGUCUGGGCCAGAUCUCUCUGCACAUCGACCCCGCCACGCCGGGCAAGAUCUCCGUCGAGUGGGGCGGUGCCGGCGGUGCCGGUGGUGCCCAAGCCGCCGCUACUCCGGCCGCCGCUGCCGCCGCCCCCGCUGCGGCCCCGGCCGCGGACCCCCUCAAGGAGGCCGCUCGGGACCCCAAGAAGUUCAAGGUGCCCGACACCGAGUACACGAUGGAGGAGGUCGCCAAGCACAACAAGAAGGAAGACCUUUGGAUCGUCGUCAAGGGUGUCGUCCUCGACGUGACCAACUGGCUCGAUGAGCACCCGGGCGGUGCCAACGCCCUGUUCAACUUCAUGGGCCGUGACGCCACGGAAGAAUUCGCCAUGCUCCACGACGACGAGGUCAUCCCCAAGUACGCCGGCCACAUCGUCAUCGGCCGCGUCAAGGGCCAGACCCCUAGCCUUGAGCUGUAA